UUUUGAUGUAACGCGGCCAGCAUUAGACCUACUCCUUCUUGGCCCUAUUCUAUGAGUAGAACGAAUCCUGAGCCUCGUUUCAUAUUUUUGGAUUUUACAGUUUUCAUAAGAAACUGCCCUUCACUUGGUCUUUAUAUUGUCUUCUGAUUAUACCAUCGCCGCCUCUCUUCGAGGUGUUAUCGACGGAUUGAUAAUCGGCGUUUCCUACAUCCAACCUAUAUUGCGAUCAACUUGUCAUUCUAGGCAUUGCGUAUCCAUACUCCAAGCCUUCGUUCCAGAGUCCGAGGCUUACUUCGGCUCUGUAGCCUCUCAGUGGAACGGGAUUCGCCAUGUCGGUCUUCUCCAUAAUAAAGCGAGGCCGCGCCCAAGCCAAGGAGCACAACGCAAAGCAGGCCGAGAAAGCGAAGGAGGAGGCUGUCAAACUACCAUAUAGGCAUGUAGUUACGCAUGCUGCGAGUGAUGCUUUAUCGGGAGCCCCUUCGGGCUGGAAGCAUGUCGACAGGCCCAGAAUCAUGGAGCAAAAUAGACGAAGGACCGCCAUAAUGGCUAACAACCCCAACACAGCUGGGCUACCACGUGUGGGAAGCUCGUUAUCAUAUGUCUCUUACGCGUCCGUCUAUGGUACCCCUGUCGUACCUCUUCCUAAGAAUUAUAGCUACAACAACGUACCUACGUCCUGGCGUGAUCAGCUGGCAAAUUCACACGAAGGUCCGGAGUACUUCAGUCUCACUGGAAGCGGAGGUAGUACCAAGGGAAAGGAACCCGAACACGUACGAGUUCCGCCAUCGAUGGGACCAGCCCCGAGACUGUCCCCAGGGCAAUCCAGUACCAUAUCAAGCAAAGGCAUCUCCCGCGAUGGCAGCACAGGAAACCUUAGUAGCUCCGACGAUGACUUGGAGAUGAAGACUAGGAUCGUCAUCAAUCGGCGCCCUCAGAGCCUUGCCUACCAUUCCAGUGUCUCCCAGCAAAGCACUACUUCCAGCGAGAAAUCCUACCGCACACCUCUUACCAGUGCAGGUACGGGUAACGAGCCGGCAGCCAAAACUGACCGGUACUAUCCACCCCGGGCCCACAGCACAUAUUUUUCAGCGCCUCGACCCUUAAGCAGACGGCCUCCCGUUGCGGAGACUCCCGUCCCACCUGCUUCUGUUACCGAACGUUCCAACUCGACGGCUUCUUCAUCGACCACUUCUGGCCAUUUUUCCACUGCUUCAUCCACAGCCUCUAUCGGCCUCGCUAUUGCGUCACCCCAGUCUCCUAUUGCUAUCGAAUCCCCGUCGGCGUUGCCUGCUGCAGAAGACCGCAUCGCUUCUGAACGAAAGCGCAAGACAACCACAACGAGUGAACCACAAAUUCAGUCAGCACGAAGAGCUUCGGCGGGGCAUAUUAAACCCCCCACCGACAUCUCCACAAUAAAGACUAGCAAAGAAGUUAUAACUCCCGAGACGCCACCGACUCAGAGAAGACGACGUAGGCUGUCUAAAUCUAGGCCGCCGAGUGAAGAUAUCAGUAGGAUGUCAGCCGAUACUGUACGUCCUAGCGGGCCUAGCUUAAGUGCUACUGCACCCACAGCUAGCAACUUCGACAAAGUCGGCAACAUUACUCAACAGAAAGUAGAAGAAAUCACAGUUGUGACAACUUCUGGAUCCGUGCGGAAAACUCAUGGGAAAUUGAGCAAGAAGCCGGAAACAAAGGAAACCAAGCAGAGUCGGAAAGGGUGGUUUUCGCUCCGACCUAGUAGCAAAACACCUACUAUCGCUGCUCACUAAUUUGUGAGAUCCAAACUAAAUAGGGAGUGUUAAGAGUGUGCGAGGCAAGAGAUGGAGACAAGGCCCCUUCACUCUUCGAUGAUAUGA